CUGAUUUAGAAAAUUAUCGGCCCGAUCAACAAGCAGGGUCAUUUAAGAUCUCAACAUCCAUCUAUCUCGGAUAGGUCUCUCAACCGUUAUGUCUGUGUAUCGGUCUUGAUCCGGUUUCUGAUUCGGUUUAGCUCGUUCUGCCAGUUGGUAUUGUAAUUCUGGGUAGCGUCUUGAACUUGUCUACCCGCCGUCUGCAAGCUCCCAACAAGGCUAUAUAGAGGAAUACAACACUCAAUCAUUAUCUCGGUCUGACUUUCGAGUCACACAAAAUGGCUGAUAUACCAUUGGCGUCCUUGUCUUUGACUCACGUCCACUACGACCCCAGUGAUCCAAUUUCUUUUCUUUCUGCCUGGCUUGCCUUGGUGCCACAAGCGCUAUGCGUGAGCUAUGCUACCCUGAUCGUUGCUUCAAGGGAAGCUGAGGUGGUCUUGAUGUUUGCGGGUCAGAUGGGUUGCGAGGCACUGAAUUUCGUGCUCAAGCGGAUUGUUAAAGAGGAAAGACCAAAACAAAUGUUGGGUAAAGGCUAUGGCAUGCCGUCUUCUCAUGCCCAGUUCAUGGCCUAUCUCGCCGUCUAUGCAUCACUCUUCCUCAUUUACCGACACAGCCCGAGCUUAUCGCAGUCAGGAGCGGCUCUUCACUUCUGGAUGCGAGUGUUGAUCUCCUUGGUAUUAUGUCUCGGUGCCGGUGCAGUAGCCGUUAGCCGCAUUUACCUGAACUACCACACCCCCAGGCAGGUCCUGGCUGGAUGUGGCGCAGGUGUGAUUUGUGCAUUCGCUUGGUUCUUCAUUACCGGGCUUCUUCGAUCGCAAGGAUGGAUUGAUUGGGCCUUGAAUCUCGAGAUCUUUCGAUUCUUUCGUGUGAGAGAUUUGGUGGUGAACGAAGAUCUCGCCGAGGCCGGAUGGCAACGCUGGGAGGCUAAGCGGAAGUUGAAGCGGAAAGGGCCCAGUGGUCAGACAUCAUCUAAAAACGAAUAGUGCGAUUCGAAGAUGUCAAUGCGGCGGAUUUGAAGAGCAAUCCCAUAUACGUGCCAAUCUCAGCGAUACCCAUAGAUCUCACCGUCCUUGAUACUUAAAUGCAUACAAGGCC